AUGCCUCUUGGCACAUUUGCGCAAGAUAUACAAGACGCAUCUCAAGACCCGUAUGCGCCUCAACAAGUGAGCUGCACAGACGAAGUGAGAGUUCGGGAUGCAAGUUCCGGUCUUUCACCUCUUGUGAAAGACCGGAGAGAGCUCCGACUUGAACAAGUGGUCGGGUCAUUAGGAACUUACCUCGAGCGCACGAACCUGUCAGGCUUCGACGUGCCAGACUAUCUUUCGAAGCUGAGUGGAAAGAAUGCACCCGUCGUUGGAUUUGCUGUCUCUGGUGGAGGGAGCCAAUCUGGUCUCGGCGGCCUGGGUCUCUGGCAGGCCUUCGAUGGCCGGCAUCCCCCUGGAGGAGGGUUUAUGACCGUCAGCACGCUUGCAAGCAACGACUAUCCCACUAUCGAAGAACUCCGCAAUAAUAUCAACUUCAGCACCAACUAUAAUACGGGCAUGACCGGCAACUCGACUCAGUACAUAACCAAGUUCGUCGAGAUCGCUGGGGCUAAAGCCGAGCUGGGAUACCCCGUGUUUGUAGCAGACGUAUUCGGUCAGUUUUUCGGCCAAUACCUGCCGGAAUCCUGGCGCUUCAAAUCCUUCUCCGACGUCGCCGGACCCGAUACUUCCUUCUCGCGCGGCACGGGACCGAUGCCUAUUCUGUUACUUUCUGAGAUUAUCAACGGAACCUCGCCUAGUAUUGAAUGGAUCCAGUUUCCCGGCCCUGCGAGCUUCAAUCUGACCAGCUAUGAAGUCACUCCCUUGGAAUUCGGCAGUUGGGCGGGCGGCCGCGUGCAGGCUUUCCUUCCUACCAAGUGGCUCGGGACCGCAAUGAACGGCGGUGAGCCGCAGGCGUCGAAUUCGUGUGUGGUGGGCUUUGAUAAGUUCACAUUGAUCCAGGGAAGCACAGCCAAUGCCUUCAACUUCUGGUUUGUGGACGGGUGGUAUGAUAUUCCGCUUUUCGCCAAGCGGGAUAUUGUGGUUCCCGAGGACCAGGAAGAGAAUCAGCAGGUCGAGUUGGUCAACAUCACGGUUAGUGCCUUUGAUAUGUUGUUUAGUGAUGCAAUGUGGGCUACGUACCCAAAUCCGUUCGAGAGCUUUACCGAGGAAUUGACUGGGGUCGAAGAGUUGCUCCUGGCAAUUCCCCUGCGCCCCUUAAUCGUGCCUGAGCGUAGUGUCGACUUUAUCAUCGCCCUCGAUGCCACCAGCGACGCGGAAUACAACUGGGUGAACGGCACUAAUCUCAUCAACACCGCCAGAACCGCGGCCGAAGGCAACAUCCCUUUUCCUCAAAUUCCCUCCACAGCCGCAACAAUGGUGAACCUGAACUUAAUUCGCUUCCCGACCUUUUUCGGCUGCAACCAGACCUCAGAGCCCAACUCUGACGUGCCCUUACUCCUCUACAUGCCCAUGGCUCCCUGGACACAGUAUACCAAUUAUACGUACAAGACGUCGUCAUUCACGGACCACCAGUUCGACCUCGUCAUGGACAACAUAUUCCAGAUGGCCACCUUCGGCGAGAGCGGGCUGGAUCCGGAUUGGCCGGCUUGUUUAGCUUGUGCAGUGAUUAAGAAGAGCGUUUUAAGGGAGGAAAUGGAGUUGCCGAGUGUUUGUGGGGGGUGUUUUGAGAGGCAUUGUUGGGAUGGUAAAGAGGAUGACGUGGAGGUUACUGAGGAGGAGAGGGAUGCGAAGCCGAUUCUGGUUCCAGAUUUGAGCUUUGAGAAGUGGAAUCAGACUUGGUAUUCGAAGGAUAUGGGGACUUCUUCGGGUGUGGGCAACAGCACCGAUGGGCCAGUGACUGGUACAGCGAACAAAGCACUUAAUCCUUGGGGAGUCACUAUCUGGAUUACUGUGUCUUCUGACAUGGAAUUUAUUGGGGUGAUGUAA